GAAUCCAGUCACCUCCUGGAUUUUCCGAGGAGUCGGAGGUCCUAGCACCACCCCGCCGAUAUCAUCAGAGCUGGUUUCCUUUUGGAAAAGAUCAGAAUGAGUAUCUGGAAUCCACCCAGACUCCUGGACCUAGUGGGAAUGAGCCUGCUGAGGGAUGAGGCCUUGGCCUUUGCUGCUCUGGAGAAUCUACCAACAGAGUUCUUCCCACCACUGUUCAUGGAGGCCGUCCAUGGGAGACACAGUGAGACCCUGAAGGCCAUGGUGCAAGCCUGGCCCUUUGUCCGACUACCUCUGGGAGGCCUGAUGGAGAUGCCUCAUGUGGGGACCUUACAAGCAGUGUUGGAUGGGCUUGAUAUCCUGCUUGGCCAGAAGGAUUGCCCCAGGAGGUGCAAACUGCAGGUGCUGGAUUUAAGGAAUACUGGCCAGGACUUCUGGAGCAUGUGGUCUGGAUCCAAUGUCCAUGUGCCCUCAAGCUCAUCAAUGGCACCAGUGGCUAAGGACAGGUCAAGGACAGAGCAGCCCUUGGCUCCCUUGGAGGUGUUUAUAGAACUUUGCCUCAAUGAAGGGACCAUGGAUGAAUUCUUUAUCUACCUCAUGCAGUGGGUGGAGAAGAGAAAAGUUUCCAUACACCUGUGCUGUAAGAAGCUGAAAAUUGUUACAAUGUCCAUGGAAAAUAUUAUGAAGGUCCUGCGUAUGGUGCAACUGGACUGUAUCCAGGAGGUGCAAGUGAAUUGCACCUGGAAUCUGUCCACCCUGGCCGUGUUUGCUCCUCUCCUGGGCCAGAUGAGUAACGUGCAGAGACUCCUUCUCUCCCACAUCCAUGUCUCUGCACUUGAGGAGCAGGAACAGCAGCACUUUGUCCAAAUUACCUCUCAGUUCCUCAGGCUGCACCACCUCCGGGAUCUCCGUAUGGAAUCUCCCUCCUUCCUCCAAGGUCGCCUGGACAAGAUGCUCAGGUGCCUGAAGACUCCCUUGGAGAACCUCGCAAUAACUCACUGUCUGAUUACAGAAUCAGACUUGAAACAUCUGUCCCAGUGCCUGAACAUCAGUCAGCUAAAGGGCCUGGAUCUGAGUGGUGUCACACUGACUGACUUUAGUCCUGAGCUCCUCCAAGUUCUGCUGGAGAAAGUUGCAGCCACGCUCCAGGAACUGGACUUAAAUCUGUGUGGAAUCAUGGACUGUCAACUUGAGGCCAUCCUGCCUGCCCUGAGCCACUGCUCCCAGCUCAGGACCUUCAGCAUUUGUGGGAACCUCCUCUCCAUGGCCAUCAUGGAGAAGCUGCUGCGUCAUACUCAUGGACUGCCCAGUUUAAUUCUAGAGCUGUAUCCUGCCCCAAGGGAGAGUUACAGCUCUCUGAGAAUCCUACACCUGGGGAGACUUGCCCAGCUUCAGGCUGAGCUGGUUGAGAUUAUGAGGAAUUUAGGAAGGCCCAGGACCAUCUGGAUUAGCUCUAGCCCCUGUCCUCGCUGGGGCAACGAGAUAUUCUGUCAUGAGAAGACCAUUAUAUACUGCUGUUUUGUCCCUCCCUAGUUGGUUGCCUCUAUGAAAAGCUUUCUUCUGGGCACUGGAAACCGAAACCUAGGAAAUAGGUGCAUUGUGAUGAGAACACAGACCUAUGGUUUCAGGCAUCUGCUCAACAUGAAUGUGAAAAGGAAAGGUGAUCCAGCAGGGGUACAAGAUUGAAGGGGAAAAGUUGACUCAAAGAGUUGAUGGGAAAUUCAGGGUGUUGGUGCUCCAGGGAUGGAGUGGAUAUAGGGGUGGAGGAACCUUAAGCAAAAGCCUCAGUUACCUUGUAAAAGGAACAUAAUGAUACAAAUCCAGCUGAUUAGACAUUUGUACAUUCCAAUGAGAGAAUGCACUUGAGGGCUUGGCCCUGGAGCUAGCAUACACUAAGAGAUAAUUCAAUGAGACUUUCCCUUCUUUUUCUCUCCUAGUGGAAACCUCAGUAUCUACAUUCCUCUAGCUUACCCUCUAUUCCUUACAACAGGGUGGAGAGCAAACCCAGGGCCUGAAAUGGGUCUCACCUUUCACAUGUGGACACCAAUGAAUCAUGGUUCACUCAAGCUGCUCUAUCAGCCAGUGCAGGGAGGAGGAAGGGAGGGCAUAGGAGAGAUUGGAUUCAUCUCUAGUGAUAGACAUUCUGAGCCUCAGGUCUCCUAGGCCACCAGCUGGUAGAUUAGACAGGAGGAUAUAAAUCGGUUUUGUAAGCAGGAUU